CCUCCCUAAAGCACGACCAGUGGUACCGCUUCGUGGGAGCAGGAGGCACCAUGAUGCCAACAAAGCGCCCCCUGGAGACAAAUCGUUGCGGUACACACGCUCCCGUCUGGAUGAAAGGAGAGCAUCCAACCAGCAUCCAGGGUGCGGUUAGGCGAACUGCGUGCGCGUUUUGGGAAGGGGAAGAAUGUCAUUGGUCAUGGACAAUCCACGUCAUGGCGUGUCCGGCAGGCUAUUACGUCUACAAGUUGCCGAAACCGACGAUUUGUCACGCUGCUUACUGCACAACAGUUCCCCUUGAUGAAGAUGCUGAGGGGUCUGGCGAGUCAGAGGGUUCAGGCGACAUGACGUAUACACGGCGAGGUGAUACGCAGUACAAGAUAUACACCGAGUCCAAGACCUACGACGCUGCCAAGAAGACGUGUGCUGCAGACGGCGGCCAUCUUGCGGUCAUCAAGACAGAGGCCGUGUACAACUUCCUUCUAGGCAUGAUUCGAGACGCUGACGUGAACAAAGACUACUGGAUUGGGCUCAAUGACAAAGCGGUUGAGAACAGUUGGACCUGGGCCGAUGGAGAACCGCUGAAUGAUGGCGGUUUCACCAAAUGGGCGCCCGGAGAACCCAACAACGCUGAAGGUAUCCAGGACUGUGGGCAGCUAUGGGCAGCUAAAGACUUCCGAUGGGACGAUGACAGGUGUUACAAUGCGAAGUACUUCAUUUGCCAAAUAG